AUGUAUUACACAAUCCUUGCAAUUAUUUUCCUUAUAACACUAAAAUUUCUAUUAAUCACAACAAAAAGAUUCAAAAACCUUCCACCAGGUCCACUGAGUAUUCCCAUAAUUGGCAACAUUUACCAACUCAAACACCCACUUCACCGCACUCUCCACAAUCUCUCCCUAAAAUACGGUCAAGUUUUUUCCCUACGCUUCGGCUCUCGUUUAGUCGUAGUUGUUUCAUCACCUUCCGUCGUACACGAAUGUUUCACCAAAAACGACACCGUUUUAGCAAACCGUCCGCCUCUUCUCGCCGGCAAACACUUAGCCUACAACUACACCGCCGUUACCGUGGCACCUUACGGCGAUCACUGGCGUAAUGUCCGCCGUAUAAUCUCCCUCGAGAUACUCUCAACUCACCGUUUAAAUUCCUUCUUAGGAAUCAGAAAAGAUGAAAUCAAGAAACUCAUGAGAAACCUGGCUCGUGAUUCUGGAGAUAGUUUUGCAAAAGUGGAAUUGAAGUCAAAGUUUUCGGAGAUGACUUUUAACAUGAUAAUGAGAAUGAUAUCUGGAAAGAGGUAUUAUGGAGAGGAUUGUGAUGUAGGUGAUGAGGAAGAAGCGAAGAGAUUUAGGGAGGUGAUUACGGAGUUUAUAUCGGUGGGAGGAUCGAGUAAUCCUAGUGAAUUUGUUUGGAUUUUUAGGUUGUUAGAUUUUGGUGGUUAUGAGAAGAGGUUGAAGAGAAUUAGUAGAAGAUUUGAUGGGUUCUUGCAAGGACUAGUUGAUGAACAUCGAAGAAAAAAGGAGAAUGGGAAUACCAUGAUUGAUCAUCUCUUGAACUUGCAAGAAUCGCAGCCGGAGUAUUAUACCGAUCAAAUCAUCAAAGGCAUUGUUCUGGUUAUGAUCCUUGGAGGAACAGAAACAUCAGCUACAACUUUAGAAUGGGCAAUGUCUGCAUUACUAAAUCAUCCAGAAGUGUUGAAGAAGGCAAAAGAUGAAAUUGAUACCAACAUAGGACAAGAUCGUUUAGUAGAAGAGUCUGACAUUUCAAAACUCCCUUACCUUCAAAACAUAAUCCACGAGACGUUUCGGUUGCAUCCCGCAUUUGCAUUAUUGGCACCCCAUUUUUCUUCAAAAGAUUGCAUCAUAGGAGGUUAUAAUGUUCCAAAGGGUACUAUUUUGUUGGUUAACGCUUGGGCAAUUCAUAGAGAUUCUCAACUAUGGUGCGAUCCAAUGCAAUUCAAGCCAGAGAGAUUUGAGAAAGAAGGGGAAGUUGAUAAGUUGAUACCAUUUGGAUUGGGGAGAAGGGCUUGUCCUGGAGAAAACUUGGGUCAGCGUACAGUAAGUUUAACAUUGGCUUUAUGUAUUCAAUGUUUUGAUUGGAAAAGAAUAAGUGUGAAAGAAAUUGAUAUGACUGAAGGAAAAGGGGCCACUACACCGAAGCUAGUUCCCUUAGAAGCCAUGUGUAAAGCUCGUUUAAAUGUCAUCAAGAAGCUUAAGUGA